AUGAGUGAUUAUAUUAAAGAGCCUUCAAAAAAAUAUGAUCUGAUAACUAAUUUAGAAUAGAUUCAACACCUUAAAUGGUAAGGAGAAUUUGGGAAAAAUGAAAAGAAAAUUGGAAGAUGGAUUGCAAUAUGGAAGGGCUAAACUUUAGAGGCUGUUAACAGAUGGUACUCUGAAGAUGGAUUAUAGUCAGGGCUGUAGACUGAACUAAUUAAUAAUUAUUGGAGGUAAAUUAAUUAUAAAAAUUUCAAAGUAAAGCAGACAUUUAUGUUUAUGGAGAAUAUUAUAAUCACUAAAAAUAGGGUGUUUGGAAAUUUAUAAUUUAGGAUAACAUGAUGUAUGAAUGAAAUUUUACUUAGUGUUGGGGGUUUGUAUAAAUAAGGUUAAAAAGUUGGAAAAUGGAUAGAUUUAAAUGACAGCGUCUAGAAGUAUUGAUUAUUAUUAAUUUAUUAGUUAGAAUUAAAUCGUUUAUAAUGGUGAAUAUAAAAAUGGUAAUAAGAUUGGUUUAUGGAAUAUUUUAUAUAAAAGUAAAGACUCUAAUUACAAAAUCAUGUAAAAUACAUUUAUUUAUUUAGUGGCGGAGGAUAAUAUGAUGAGAAUGGCUAAAAAAAUGGUAGAUGGAUAGAUUUAAAUAAUGUGUUCUGGAAGUAAUCAAUAUUUAUUUUCAUUAAUUAGUAAAAGUGAAGUUAUUUAUCAUGGUUAAUAUAAAAAUGGUAUAAAGAUUGGUAAAUGGGAUACCUAUUCUAGAGUUGAUUAAAAUUAACCUUUUAAAAAGACGUAAAUUUGCGCAAGAUCUUUAUUAGAGGUGGGGGGCUAUAUGAUGAGCAGGAAGGAUAAAAAUAUGGUUAAUGGAUAGAAUUAAGUAAUAGUUUUUAUAGGUAUUGGGUUGAAUUAAUAAAAUUUGAUUAGCGAGUGCUAAAUAUAUUAUAAGGGAGAAUAUAAAAAAGAUAAAAAGAUUUCAAAAUGGAAUAUUUUAUAUAAAUUUAUUAAUACACCAUUAUAAUAGAUGUAAUUUGUUAAUGAAGAUUAAUUUAUUAGUGGUGGUGGUUCUUAUGAUCAAGAAGGGUUGCAAAAUGGAAGAUGGAAGGAAUUGAGUACUAACUUUUGGAAGUAAUUUAGUUAAUAUUAUUUAUUCUUUAGUAAAAGCGAAAUUAUAUAUAGUGGGGAAUAUAAAAGUGGUGUUAAAAUUGGAAGAUGGGAUAUUGUUUAUGGUAUUCUCUAAAUGUAUAUUUAUUAUCUUUUUGAUUAGCGGCGGUGGUUCUUAUUUGUAAGGAUAAAAGGACGGUAAAUGGGUAGAAAUAAGUGAUAAUUUUUAUGAGUAUAGAGUUUAAUACUAAAUUCUUUUAGUUAUAGUUAAGUAACUUAUAAAGGCGAAUAUGUUUCCACAAAGAAAAAGGGAAUAUGGAAUAUCUUUUAUAAUGAUUAAUAGAUGUAAAAUUUAGACAAUUAUAAUAUUUGUUAAUAGAGGUGGUGGAUCAUAUGAUUAUUAAGAAGGUUUGAAGAAUGGAAUCUGGAUAGAAUUAAGUAAUAAUUUCUAUAAGUAUUAAAUUAUUAUACUCAAUUAAGUUCAAGUAAAGUCAUCUAUAAGGGUGAAUAUAAAAGUGGUAUUAAAAUUGGGAUAUGGGAUAUAUCUUUCAAAUAGCAUUCCUAUUAAAAUUGGGAAAUAAUGUAAAAUCUAAAUUUCUAACUUUUAUUUAAUAGUGGAGGUGGUGAAUACGAUGAUUUAGGAUUAAAAAUUGGUGAAUGGGUUGAUAUAAAUGAUGAUUUUUGGGAGUAAUUUAUGAUUUUAUUUUGUUAGUGAAAGUUAAGUUACAUAUACUGGGAUUUAUCAGAAUAGUAAAAAAGUAGGUACAUGGAGUAUCAGAUUUAGAGAUAGUUAUAGAAAAAUAUGGAAUUUAAUGUAAUAUUAUUUGAUAUAUUAUAUGUUAUAUAGUGGAGGAGGUGAAUAUGAUGAAAAUGGUUUAAAAACUAAUAAAUGGAGGGUUUUAGGUGAUAAUUUUGGAGAGUAAUAAUACAGAUUUUAUAGGAAAUUAAUUAAGUGAAAAUUAAACAACAUUUGCUGGUUAAUAUAAAAAGAAUAAAAAAGUAGGAAGAUGGGUUGAAUUUAGAUAUGGACAUGAAUAAAAUGUCUUCGUAUAUAAUGAAAAUGGAAAAAAGAUAUAUUGA